CUUCACUUCACUAUAAAGAUGAUAAUACCAAUAACAAAAACUUCACCACAAAGACAAUGACACCAACGAAGAAAGCUCACUAUAAAGAUUAUGACACUAACAAUAAAAACUUUACUAUCAAAAAGGACAAUACUAAUAACAAAGUAUCACUACCAAGAAAACAAUACCAACAACAAA